CUCUUUGGCGCGCACUGGUGGAAUUUUGCUUCCACCAGCUGUUCGGGGUGAGGACGCACUUUGGGCGAUCUUCCUUUCCUCAGUGCCCAAUCCUCAGGCAUCUGGUGUUUUUCUCGCAUCAUGGUCCUGUGAAAUUGCUGAUUUGAGACGGAGAGCUCAGCAAAGAAUGCACACGGCUGAUAUGCACCGACUUAUGAUCUUGGACCCUCGACCUUUGAGGUUUUGGGUCCAGAACUUCAAGCGUAGGUGGAUUCCGCAGAUCUAAUUUCUAUUCUUUCGACAUCAUCACGAGGAGGAAGCUUAGCAGCCUGCAAGCGAGGGUCGUUGCUAACAGAGUAGCCGUGAAGAAGGGAUCGCGUGCUCAAUGGAACGAUCGUGCGGGCUGACAAAACCAUUAUGUGAUAGGAGGUGUCGGAGAAAUUGUGGGCCUAAUCUCGAGACAAAGCCACCUGCGAAACGGUGCUGUGAAGCCGUGAUCCAACUCCGAGACGUUGCUGCCAAGAACUGCGUUCACGAAGAGAAGCUUUCAAAGGAGAGCUGGAACGCCAUUGAAUCGAACAGCAGAGUCUCGGUCUUUCCCUAUGCAGAUGCACUUCCUUUCGAAUCAGUAAACUCUAAAUUAAAUGCGGAGGCAGACCCCAUUUUUGAUGGAUCCAUCGACGAGGCGACAAAUGCAGCUUCAAAAUGCUUCGCAUUCCCCGGCAAAGGUCUGGAAGGUAAAUGGAAGCGCUUUCGGUCCCCAACUAGACGUCGGAUCUCGAGGCGAAACUGGUUUUUCAGAGGUAUUCAUAUCUCCUGGCCCGCUUGGAGCUCAUGUUCAAGCAGAGGAACGAGAAUCCGGAAUUGUUCAACAGACAUGGAGCUCUUAUGACAACUGGUUACACUCUCAUGUAUCCUACAUCUGAACCUGGGAUCACCGGCAAGGGCAUCCAGUGGAGUAUUUCAAUCUAAACAGGAGCAGAAAUUUUCAGGCUUAUAAAUGAACUCGUACUGUGGAAUACACACAACCUCCAUGAGACUUUUGGGCAGCCCGUGACUUCAUUGAGAGCUGUGCUGAGUUUUGCAGCGUUUACUAAGGUAAACAGCACAAGCUCAAAUAGGUGAAGUAACUGAACGUCGGCUAUUCACUUUAGAUGCUCAUUUGAGAGAUGCGUAGCAAUUCUUCGGAUACAUGAGGUUACUGUACUUAGAAAGCUUUCUAAGUACAGUAACCUCCCAGUUAAGUACGCACCCGUUUUCCAAAAAGACAGGGAUCAAGUUUAGGGUUUAUAAUGUAAGCCCUAAACAUCCGUGUAAACUUUACACGGAUCUUCCAUGUGAGCACGGUAAUAGGCAAUAGUAUUAAGGGUAUUCGGGUUUCUGCUAAACUUGUUUACAAGCUAAAAAAGAAAAGUUUUGUUUUAGUCCUAGCCCUGAUACAAAAGCCCAUGUCCAUAGGUUCUUGACCUUAGGAAUUAGAAGCUUGUCAUUGAGAAAUGUCGAUCCUCAUACGAGCACGGAUCAUUCCAAAGAGGAUCACUCCAAAAAAACAAUUACAGUUCGCGACUUUCUCGUCGAACCUUUAUUUCGUGUUUGUAUAAAGGCCAGAACUUGAACUAAUCGACUCAAAUAAAAUCAUGC